AUGUGGUUUACAUAUCCUAACUUUUUGAGAAUGGUUGAGGUUUCUUGGAAUGCUCCGGUGUAUGGUAAUCCAGAUUUUAUUUUUUCUUUCAAAUUGAAUCGUUUGAAGGAAGCUAUGAUGUUGUGGAAUCAACAGGUGUUUGGAAAUGUCAAUGCAAGGCUUAAGGAGGCACAACUUAAGUUUGCAGUGGCUAGUAGAAAUUCUGAUGAAGAUCCCUUUAAUUCUGCAAAACUGAAUGAGAUGAAGGAUGAUUUGGUAGUUGUCCAGGAUGUGCAUAUGAAACAACAUAUUAUGCUAAAACAAAAAUCUCGCAAUAAAUGGCUAUUGGAGGGAUCUAGUAAUACUUCUUACUUUCAUAGUACUAUUAACAUUCGUAGGAGUGCCAAUACUAUUUCGGAGCUGGUGGCAGAAGAUGGUUCAACUAUCAGUGAGCCGGACCAACUAAGAGACCAUGUGGUUUCUUAUUAUGAAGCCAAAUUUAAUGGGGAUGACUUUCCAAUUUAUGAGCACUUGUUUGACUAUGAACAUAAUUCCAUGUCUGAAUAUUAUAAUCUCUGA